AGUUCGAGCUGCGAAUAGCAGAAUAGCACAACAGAAAUAUCGAUCUCUUUUUUCGAUUUGUAAAUUCGUAAAAGCUUUUUACUUUAUCAUGUCGACGUUAUUCUACUAACAGAAAAAGUGGAGGGGAAAGAAAGCAUUAAGAGACAAAGGCGACCUCUGUACGGCAACGGUAGCGCAUCAAACUAUGCAUUGCAUUGCUGUCGAAAAUGGCGUCGGGCUCGGAGCUGCCAGAAUAUUCGUCCCCAGCGAAACGACGAAAAGUUGACGGCAACGAUUACGUCGGUACCAGCACAGUGAAACCUGAUUUACGAUACUGUGAGACAUCGCACGACACUCCGAAUGAAGAUUUCGAAGAGACGUAUGGAGGUGGUGGUAGCAGAUUCACUGAGUUAAGUGACGAAUCUAAAUCAACUUCUGUUUCCCCAGAUGCCACAAACUUGAUGACCGCUCUAUCUAGAAUCGAUUCGACGAGCGACGAUACUGGCUGCCCGAUCGAUACAGCAGACGAGAAAGACGAAGUGUCGUCGACAGUUUCAAAUUUAUCCGAUUUGUCGGGACUAUCCGACUUUUCGGGAGAAGGAGAAAUUAAUCAUCAUUGGAGGAACGCGUCGUCGUGGGUUCAGAAGCAAAUGUUGAUAGGUGCUGAUCCUAGAGAUCUUCUUCAACAUAUUCUUAUGGAUUCGACACAAAUACCUGAACAGGUCGAUGACCUGACCCUCUGGAAGAUCAUAAUAAAUGUAAUGUCUGAACCGCCGCGUCGACAGAAGUUACGACACAUAAACACUUUGUCGGAUGUGGUCAGACUAAUACGUAAUAGUAAGAGAAUAAUAGUGUUAACCGGAGCGGGCGUAAGCGUCAGUUGUGGCAUUCCUGAUUUCAGAAGUAGAGACGGUAUUUAUUCCAGGCUGGCUCAAGAUUUCCCAGACUUACCAGAUCCACAGGCUAUGUUCGACAUUAAUUAUUUUGGCCAAGACCCAAGACCGUUUUACAAAUUCGCACGAGAAAUUUAUCCUGGACAGUUUAAACCAAGUCCUUGUCACAGGUUUAUACAAAUGCUUGAUAAGCAGAAAAAGCUCCUUAGAAAUUAUUCACAAAAUAUCGACACGCUUGAGCAAGUCGCAGGCAUUGAAAAUGUGAUCGAAUGCCAUGGUUCGUUUGCAACAGCGUCCUGUACAAGAUGUAAAUAUCAAGUGAGAGCCGAUGAUAUUAGAGAGGACAUCUUUGCACAAAGAAUACCUUUGUGUCCAAAGUGUAAAAUAAACGCUUUGCCAUCUAUAUCAGAAUAUAAUUCUAAUGAAAAUUAUAGAGAUUUGGUAACACACGGGAUCAUGAAACCAGACAUUGUUUUCUUUGGCGAAGGACUACCUGAUGCUUUUCACGAUGCAAUGGCCAAAGACAAAGACGACUGUGAUCUCUUGAUCGUAAUCGGAUCAUCUCUGAAAGUUCGACCAGUAGCUUUAAUUCCUUCUUCUAUACCAUCCCAUGUACCACAAAUCUUUAUCAAUCGUGAAUCGCUGCCGCAUCUCAAGUUCGACGUUGAACUCUUGGGCGACGGCGACAUCAUUAUAAAUCAGUUGUGUCACUUAAUGGGAGACAUCUACAAGGAAGUGUGUUGGUGCGAUGCAAUUCUUAAGGAAGCAACGCAGCUAUUACCGUUACGUUAUUUACCAGAAGAUUCAUGGGAACAGAGUCAAGACACUACCAACACCGUGUUAUCGCGAGAUAGCGACGAGGACGAUAUCAAGACUCAAGAUGCAUAUUCUUCUCUUGAAAGCCAAGAUCCGAACCAACAUUCCUCAGAGAACGCGAGUGUCAUUUCAUUGUUUCGAAGCGAUCGCAUGAAUAGCAUAAAAGGAAGGUUCGACCUUUUACAGGAGAGUCCCAAGAGAAGAUUAGGUGAAUCGUGCGAGGAAAGUAGCCCGAAAAGAAUAAACUUUGGUGCUCGUUCUACGUUAGAGUUUCACUCGUCCUCGUCGAUAACAGAUACUUCAAAUUGUUCGACCGAUUAUAAAGUUCAUUUAGUCUCGAUGGAAUCAAUGACGAAAGAACAGGGAAAAGUAUAUAAUUUAGAGUGUCAAGUAUGUCCGAAAGUUGUCGAGUUUUCAUCGGAUAGUACAGAAUUAGAGUCGUCAUUGAAAUCAAACAGCUGCAGUGAAAACACAACAUCCGCUCCCGGAGUCGAUAAAAUGAAUUUCAAGCCGAGGCAAGUAUCCAUCGAUUCCGCAUUAGAUUCUGGACUUGGUGAUAGUUGCAACAGCGUCGACAGUAGAGAUGAGAAAAGCGAUGAUAGAAAGAAAGAAUUAAAAUCUGGAAGAUUAGGAAGACAUUGUUGGCAGUCGAAAUUGAGAGAAAGUCUUGCCACGAGGCUACCAGAGAACUCGUACUAUCAACUAACGCCUGGAAAAUAUAUAUUCCCUGGAGCGGAAGUGUACUCGGAGCCCGAGGAUUACGAUCAAUGUACGGUAUCGGUUAAUUCCGAAAGUUCUGAAAGCGAUAGCGUAUCGUCGUCCGCGGAGGAAGAAGAAGAAGAAGAGGAAGAGGAAGAGGAUGAAGAUGAAGAAGAAGAGGAAGAGGAUGAAGAAGAGGAAGAUGAGUGUGAAGGGGAGGGAGGGGAAGAUAAGGUCGAAGAGAAGAUAGAGCAAAAAAAGAAAGAUAAAAAGACGAAAAUGGACUUGCAGGACCAACAUGCACAUCAGGAAUGUGAACCGAGAGAAAAGGGAGAGGACGAUGUAUCGUUGGGAAACAAAAGUGUUAGAGUCAACGUUGAUACCCUAAACGAAGAGAUAAAGUGGAUGACGAAUUGCUCUUACACUGGUUAAUCGAAAGGUGCGUAUGAAGAGCAGCGAAUUUUGAUUCGCGUUACCUUUGAUAAACUUUCAAGCCCAACAAAAUCGCUGAAUGAGUUUGUUGUUGAAGGAAAAAAUAGUGCAAUCAUUGGCAGUUGUACAGUGCAUGUCUACAAGUAUGACUGCCUUUUCCAAGGGAACUCAUAUCCUUUGUUGUUAACUACGGUGUUCCGUGCAUAAUCACAUAGAAAUUGAAUGAAUUGCAACUGCUGUUACACCCACUGUUGUAAAUAUUCUUUAUUCGAAACACUAUACGUAUUUCGGAGUUUGAUAAAGCACGAGUAAAAGUUAACAACGUGUUGGAUACGAUUAAAAUCGAUUUAUGACUUUCGUUUACAUUCUUCGUAUUACGUUUUGUAUCGAUUCGUUUCUCGGUUGAUCGAAGGAAUAGACGAAACUAGUGUUGCCUUACGGACGGAUUUAUACACGAUACGAUAGAACGGUGCCCUCCCUUUGUUCGUUCGUAACAAAGCUAUUACGUUAGAAAAUAAAGUUAAUUUUACCACGAAUUGUAAAUAUUCUAUCAAAACUUGUAGAUUAAAAUUGUUCGAUUCAUCUCGUGCAAUCGUAGGAAAGUCAAUAAAUUUUAAAUAUUAUAUUCGGUAUGUUUGCGAAAGUAAAAGUGAACAUAUUGGGCGCGCCUUAAUAAUGGAACACGAAACGGAAGCGAACUUAACGAUAGCCGUUUUUCUUUCGCAAAGCUAAAACUUCUAAAUAGACGUAAAUAGUAAUAUGCAGCGAUUUUGUUCCGAAUCUUUCAACCGAAUGUAUGUAUGUAUGUAUGUAUGUAUCAGUGUGUAUGUUGAUUUGGUGGCAUGACCGUUUAUUGGUCACUGGAGCGGGACCUAAUUACGACUACUAUUCGUGUAAUGGGAAUCAGAGUUUCCAGGAAUUACCCUGUAUCAGAACUGUAUUCUUUCCGCCAGAAAAGUGCGAGAACGCUGAAAAAUAAUUUUAAUGGAAGAAAAUAGAUCGACCACUAAGCUGUCAAUAGCAAACACUACUGUACAUAGUAGCGCAUUAUACUCGUAUAAUGAUCGAAGUAAAAGACAUUGAACGGAUCGUCCCAAAAGAAAGUAACCAUAAACAAGAUUCACCAUUUUCUUACAGUGGAAAGGAAUGUAUUAUAAGAGCGGGAAAUAGUAUUGCGACGUAAAUACUGAUGUCUUUGUUACUCAGCAUCGCCGCUUUAAUUGUAACUAAAUGUUACUUUACUAACUACUUAUGACGGUCUGCUCCCUAUUGCAUCUACUGUUACGAAAUUAAUUAUUAGAGAUUAGAGCUGAAAGAGUUUGUAAAGGAAUUUUAACUAUUUGUGCAUCUUUUAUAUUUUUUGUUAAAAAAGUUUCUUUAACAAUGUACAACGAGGCGCGAACAGAAGAAGUAUUAAUUUCGUCACAAACUUUGUAAUAGAUGAAAUAGAACAAGCGAUGCUACGAUUAUAUUUAUGUUAAUAUAUACACUAUGUGGUAUUGCAUCUCUGAAAGAGUGAUAAGGUGUGUUUGAUCUAUUAUAUUAUACGAGUAUUCUUAUCAAAGUGUGUAUAAUACAUACAUAUUUAGUCUCUAAGACGAGGCUUAGAACGAUAAUUAGAACAAGGAUUAGGACGAGAACAUGGACAAGGAACACCCAGCAGAUAGUCCAGGGGGAAUAGCGUUAAGUUAUGUUUUAGCGGUAGGUUUUAAUGCCGGCCGCGGAAAAAUUAGUCACAUUAAAUUUGCAUUAAAUGUUUUUAGAUUCGUUAGAAUUCGAUUUCUUUUUAUUGGAGCACGGGAGAAUGUACAAAGCAAUGUUGGAUAGCAUGGCAUUGCGUGUUAUUUUUAUAUGAACGAGAGAUGGUAGAAUAGCAAACGUACAGGAUUAAACAGGAGAAAUAUGAAGAGAAGAAAGCGACGAUCUUCGAGAAAUCGCUCUAUACGGACAAUGGAAGCCCAUUUACAGGGCAAAGCGAUUUCAUCUCGAUGUUUAUCAUCGCAAAUAUUUCUAUGGAAUAUGCUGAUUGUAUCAAACAUUUAUUGUAAUUUCUAACAUGAGUACAUCGACAAGUGUCGUCUUGUGCGUAAACGCGCGCACGCACACGCUCUCGCUUACGCCGAUGUAUAAGACAAACUAGUGCAUAUGGAUUUGCCCACAUGUGUGUAUACGUACGUACAUACACCGACAAUAAAAGGACAACUCGAGAUGGUGGGACAAAGUAGUUGCGAUUGAUGAAUCGUUAAAAGAGCAACGAACGUUAUGUAUGUAGGUAUGCGCGUAUGCGCACGGGACUGCGUAUGUCUCUGUACCACAUGUUGAAUGUUGUAGUAGGACUUUUUCAUUUUGAAUGAGCUUGCCUUUUGAAAAAAGACCAAGUCACGAUUCAAAAAAAGAGGAUGCGUUUAAUGUUUCCAGAGAAAAGUAAGCGUCUCAUUGCUUGCGUAUACAACUUACGUUAUUAGAUUUAAACAGUUCAUAUUGUGCUAUGUACAAAUGGCUUUAUUUAUCGUUGUUCGGUAAAUUGUACCGUAACUUGAUCGAACAGGUAUUAUGUGUUAAAGCCUCCAUGUCUUUUUAUUUAUUUGAGAUUUAUACAUUUAAGUAAGUAUAUACACUGGCAAAUAAACAUAUGAUGGACGUAUGGAUGGAUGGAUGGAUGGAUGGGUCGAUCGAUAGAUUUAUAGAUAAAUAGCUAGAUAGAUAGAUGGAUAGACAGGUAAGUAAGUAAGUAGAUAGAUAGGUAGAUAGAUAGGUAAAUAGGUAGGUAGGUAGGUAGGUAGGUAGGUAGAUAGGUAGACUGGCAGGCAGGCAUAAAUAGGUAGAGACAAACUGACAGAUAAACGUACGAGUUUAUAUGAAAAAUUCGUAUAUACGAGUAAAUGUAUAUUACACGCAUAUAUGAGUAUGUGCAGAAAUUAGCACGUGCACAAAUAGUAUAUAUAUAGGUGUACGUAUACAUGUGAAAAUGUAUAAAAUGUUGGUUUCAAUUGAAAUUAUACAGAUUUUCCAUUUUGAAACUUUAUUGCUAUCGCUGAUGUGCCUACACGCACUCUCUCUCUCUCUCUCUCUCUCUCUCUCUCUAUCUCUCUCUCUCUCUCUCCCCCCUCUUUCGCGUGUGUGAUAUUUGACUAGAGUGUCGAUUGAAAUUAUGACUGUAUGUGAUUGAUCGCUGAUCAGUGAAGGAUCGAACGUGUAGAAAAUGUGUUGUAAAAUUUUCCGAUAGCAUCGUUGUUAAUGUAUAAUCAAGCGAUCGAUGAAUAUGUUAACGCGUAUCGCGCACAGUUGAUUCUAAGCGAUUCACUAACUUGCGAACGUUUGACAAUCAUACCAACUUUCUUUCCUUUCUCCGCGGUACUGAUUUUCUGUAUAAAUAUGUAUCACUUGUAAAUAUUUAUUAUUUUUUACUGUAUAUUGAUUCACAAGUUUCUGUCGUAUCAGUUAAACAGUGAAUCGACCAGCAACAAUACCACUGUUCUGUUUCACAAUUCCAACUUUGUUCCCUUAGAAACAUUUGUGAACAAUUUUAUUCGCCGUGAUACAUUCGGCGAUUUCAAGAUUCUUUAGAAUAAAAACAGAGGGAAACUGUUUGUUCAUGGUUUAGCCGAUACGUAAGAAUGAGGUGCAAAUGCUCCGAGUUUUUUUAUAAUUUGUUAUUUAAUGUAAAGAAUGUUAUAAAAAUGUUCUCUAUUUUAAACGUUAUAAGUUUUGUUCUUCUUUUUUUUGUAUUAUUAAUGUGUAAGCUUAUCUCCUAAAUUAAACGUUUUCUAUGAUAAGAACGCA